CAACUAGCGGUGCGAUAUUCAAAAUCUGAAGCUGUAGAUCCCAAGACCCCAGAUUAACUAAAUUUAUUCUGAACAUCGAACGUGAUAGCAGCCAGGUCUUCAAAUCGGCAGCGCCGAGAUUUCAGCUGCCAUUUGGUAAUCGUUCCAUUACCCAAUUCUACAGCCAUGAUGAGUCGCAUCGCCGCCGCUGCCGCCACCGUGCUGCUCCUCAUCGUCUCGGGCCAGGUCCACGGCACGGACGCCGGCGGCUACCGGCCCAAGCGCUUCUUCAACGCCAUAUUCAGCUUCGGCAACUCCUACGCCGACACCGGCAACUUCGUCAGGCUAGCCGCGCCGAUCAUCCCCAUCAUUCCUUUCAACAACCUCCCCUACGGCGUGACCUUCUUCCGCCGCCCCACCGGCCGGGCGAGCAACGGCCGCAUCAUCCUCGACUUCAUCGCUCAAGCUUUUGGUCUCCCGUUCGUGCCGCCAUCCCUGGACAGAACGCAGAACUUCAGCAAGGGCGCCAACUUCGCCGUCGUGGGGGCGACGGCGCUGGACCUGUCCUACUUUCUUGAGCACAACAUCACCUCCGUUCCCCCGUUCAACAGCUCCUUCGGCGUGCAGAUCGGGUGGUUCGAGCAGCUCAAGCCCUCGCUCUGCGACACCCCUAAACAAUGCGACGAGUACCUGGGCAGAUCUCUGUUCGUCAUGGGUGAGUUCGGAGGCAACGACUACGUCUUCCUCCUCGCCGCCAACAAGACCGUGGAGGAGACGAGAGCGUACGUUCCUACAGUGGUCAAGGCCAUCGCCGACGGUGUGGAGAGGCUGAUCAAGCUCGGCGCCAAGCGCAUCGUCGUGCCGGGCAACCUGCCGACGGGCUGCAUUCCGAUCAUCCUGACGCUGUACGCGAGCCCCAACAAGUCAGACUACGACAAGUACGGGUGCCUCGACAAGUUCAACGGCUUGGCGCGCUACCACAACCGCCUCCUCCGGCGAGAGGUACGGGCGCUGCAGAAGAAGUACAAGCUGACGACGACGAAGAUCGCCUUCGCCGACUACUUCCGGCCCAUCGUCAAGUUUCUUCAGAAACCGGCAAAAUUCGGGUUCAAUGGCGGCACGGCGCUGGUGGCGUGCUGUGGCGCCGGCGGCAGGUACAACUACAACGCCACGGCGGCGUGCGGUCUCCCCGGCGCGACAGCCUGCGCGGACGUGUCCAGGGCGCUCAACUGGGACGGCAUCCACCUCACCGACAAGGCGUACGGCAACAUCGCCGCCGCAUGGCUGCGCGGCCCUUACGCGGAACCGACCAUUCUAGACCUCGCGCACUGAAAGCUGGGAUGAACCCUCGGUGAAGAAGUUUGAUUUUGAUCGCGUCUGCCUCUGCAAUCACUGUGUGCACACCUUUGGCUCUGGCCUGGUGCGUCUCAGCGUCGCGUGGAGCAGGUUGGGAUGACCUCUGUGUGUUUGUUUCUUGCCUCUCUAUUCCGACUUGAGUAAAAAAAAAAAAGAAGUUGUGUUGGCCUUUUCAAGAUUGGGACUGAAU